AUGGAAAAUGUUCUAAAUUUACAAAUUGUUAGGAUUAUCAAGCUUCCAACGAUGAAGAUUGCUAGAACCUUAAGGCACGAUUGCGCCUAUAAUAAUUUUACAAGGACUUGCAAACCAAUAGAUUAAAUUACAAAACUAUGUUCUUAACAGGAUGAAGCUGAUUGUUAUUAUGGGAGAGAUGGUAAAUGUAUAUAUAAAGAUGAAAAAUGCUAAAUUUGGACAAAUUGUGAAGACGCGGAAUAUGGACAUUGCACAUAUGCCAAUAUGAUAAAAAUGGAAACUGUUAAGACUUCGACACUUCCAAUUCAAAUUAAGAAACCUGCAUAUCCCAAUCCUAUGUGUAUUAUUAAUGGAUUGACUGAAAAUUUAUUUGCAUCAACAUUAGUGUUAACUUUUCUAUUAAAUGAGUUGAUGUAAUUCAAAAAAAGUUGA